AUUUAUUUAACGGCCAACCUUCAAAAUUGACUGUCACAUUAGCUAAAGUUAACGAAAACUGAUAGAGAGUGACCAAACUUGAAUUGUUGAACUAAUUUGAGUGACUGCGGAUGCAAUGAAUAAAUUUAUUGACAAACAUGAACAUUUUAAGUAAUUCUAGUUAAGGGUGUGCAAUGGUUCGGUUCGGUCCGGACCGGACCAAACUCAUGAGAACCGCGGUCCAUUAGUGAAAGACAUGUUAGGACCAAGGACCGGACCAUUCUUGCAUUUGGUCCAUUUGGUUUGGUUCGGUCCGGUCCAAAUAUGAGCUCGGUCCACCAUUUCUUCAGUAAUUAUAAAAUUCAUGAGGACCGGACCGCAUUUUACUCGAUCUGGUCCGGUCCGGUCUUAACAACAGUUUUGUUGGGCCAUAGCUGAGCGGUAUUGGGCUUGAAGGCCCACGGAAGGCCCAAGGAGUAAGGCCCGUCAAAGAGGCCCAGGAGAGGAUCACAUGGGAAACAUACCACAUGGGGAACAGAGAAAGGAAGGCGGCCAAUCUAGGACAGGACAGCUAGUAGGACGCCUGACACAAAGAGCCGUUACGGGCAGAAGGGGAGAUCCUCCGAGGAUACUCACCUCGAAUACUGCAGGACUGAGCAUUAAUUGCCCGCCGUAGGCGGUCUAGAUAAAGCAGGGUCUGAUCUAGGACGCCUGACAUAGCAUUUAAUGCUCGAAGUCCAGGCCAACCCACUAUAAAUACAUUCCUAUAUGCAUUGAUGGUAACCCAACUACUCUCUCUCUCUAAACAUAACUAAAUCUCCUAUUCUCUCUCUAACUUAAGCAUCGGAGGGUGUCCGGGGUGACCGCCCACGGACUCUUGUUUUGAAGGAGCUUGGAGUCCCCCAUCAUCUGGAACAGACGCCUUGCUCGCUUUCCACAAACCGCCUAGAACUUUCUAGGCUCAAACAAGUUUGGUCCGGUGUGGUCCGGUAAGGACCGGACUAUUGCACACCCCUAAUUCUAGUGUACAAACUUGCAAUUUACCCUAUUACUAAACAUAUCACAUGAUAGAAAACAGAAAGAUUCAAAACGUGGCCUAAGUGUUAACAUUGGAUGCAUUUUUAUUUUAGGGUAAAUACAAUUUAUUAGCCAAACCUUUCAUUUUAAACAAAAUAAUAGCCAAACCUUUUAAAAAACAAUUUAUUAACCAAACCGUUAACUUUCCAUCCGGUCAACCGUUAGUUGAAUCUGAUGUGGCAAAAUGUUAAUAGUUUUUUAUGAUGUGGAAAAAUGUCAAAUGUUUGACUAUGCCACAUGGAUAUUAGAUCAUUUUAUCAAAUAAUUUUAUUCACUGAAAAAUAAAUAAACUGAAACUUUUUUUUAGCAAUAAACUAAAAUUUGACAAAUAAAUAAUAAUAGUCAAAUUAAAAUAUGUUAUUUCUAUAAACCAAAUUCAUCACCACAACGCUCCCAAUUUUUUCGUUCGAUCUUCCUGAUUCUCCCUAAUCUGGACGAGACGUUGUCCUGUUGAUCUCACCCUGACGUUUCGGAGAAAAAGAGAAGGGAAGAAGCAGAUCGCGACGCCAUCACUGUGUCGCCGACGCUCGCAGCACCAAAACGUCUUGAUUCCUCUCUUGCCUUCGUUUCUCUGAUCUAGUUUUGUCGGCAGGAUGGAACUGCUCACGCCUCACGAAGACCGUCGUCGAUCUAGAGAUUCAGAGGAAAAUGACGAUGGGGGCAAGCAGGGAUCGAGGGGACGGGACAAUGAGACGGACAGAGGCGAGAUGGGCGAUCCCGCAACAGAUCUGCCUCUCCCCUUCCGCCGUCGCUACCUCUCCCCUUUCCUCCCCAAAUCCCUAACAAUAUCGCAGCAGAUCUGCUUCUGCAGGCUCCACAUCACCCUCUCCCUCGGCCUCUUCCAGCCCGUGUUCCUCGUCACACUGGUCUACAUCGUGAAAAUCUCCGUCAAGAAGAGCAUGCCUCGCGGGUCUUGGGCCAUCCUCCCCAUCUCCGCCACCCGCUUGCUCGUCCUCCUCCCCUAAUCAAUCCCUCCUAUUGAGGUAGGCGAAAGAUGAAGGGGAAAGGAAGGAACUCUAUUUCCAAUUAAUCCCUCCAAUAGAGGUCUGAGGAAGAUGAAGGAGAAAGGGAGGAAGAAGUCGAAGGGUUGGGAGAUGGGAUUCUGUUUUUCUUUCAUUGUUAUAAUUAUAGUUUUAUAAUUUAUGCAAUUAAUAAUAAAUAAUUGGAAAAAUU